GCUAAAUUAUUUAUUAUCGUUCCUUUUCGAAUAUUUAUUUUUACUGUUCUGUCUGCCAAGCUUGGGUAAAUCUAAUAAGAGCUGAAACUGUAAUCUUAUAGAAAUUGAUGCAGUGUUUUAUUGCGAGAUACAAAUAAAUCAAAAAAUAAUUUUUAGUUAUUGGUUACGUUGUAGAGUCAUUGGGUGGUAAACAUCUGAUCAGAAAUACUGCUCACUACCUUCGUGCUUUAACUGUAACUCACUGCUCUGUAUUUAGUCACUAACAUCUAUUAUUUGCAUGUUAAUAAUACUGUAUUAUCUAGAACAGCUCGAAAUAGAUAUCCUUAACUAAUAUCCACUGCAUGUUCAGAUUUCAUAUAAAAACAAAUCACUCCUGAACUUUUAAAUCAUAUUCGGAAUGUGAGGAAUAUGUAUUAACCGUCCUCUCAAUCCUUUUUCAUAUAUCAGGAAGUUUAUGCCUACUGUUAUAAGUAGUAUAGAGGCAUCUAUUAAUAAUAUUAGUGUCCUUUAUAAAUCAGUCGUUUUCCAAGUUAUUUAUUAAAACAUUGAAUUUCAUUUCAGUUUUUCAAACAAAACCUCAAAAGUUCCAGUAGGUAACAGAUGAAGCCUAUCGCACAAAAAGUGGGUUUGGCGGCUUAGUAGUUUAGUGGAUAGUGGCUCAUCAUAUGAAACUCAGUGCAAAUGUUAUCAUUCUCCGGGGUGCUGGUACAUUCAUCUAACGAGCUCUCAAGAGGACGAAACUGGAGUCCAUGAAUUCACUCCUAGUCGACACUUACCAAAUAACACUCUCUAGGUGUCGUUAGUUUCUGAUACAAUUAGACGAAGUAAUUCCGGGCUGGAAAAAUGACUAGAAUUAACACUGCUUAUUCACAUCUCGAGGAAAUAUAAUUCAAAAAAUAUGACGUAACAAGACAACAAUAACCGUGGGUUAUCCUAUCAUAGAAUGCUAUUUUUGCUGUUUAUCAGACGAUAAAGAUCACACUAAUUCAAGUUGUCUAUUGCUGUAAGUAUUGAAACCAUCCGUCAUCGUAAUAAUAAUCUGUGGUUAAAACCCUUACUGCUUGUGGGUAGUUUGAAACUGACUAGUUCGUCGUUGAAUGAAGUUGGUGAGGGAAAUUUGAAGGAAAUCUGGUCCACACACACUCAAUGUGUUAUGGCUACUUGGCUGCCCAAAUCUCGGUAGGUGAGGAGGGAUUCUGAAUCAUGACGUGGUUGUGGGGAGUCGAAUGCGUAAAGUAGUGAGCCACAGCUCCUAUAGACCAGCAUUAACGCAUAAAUAAAUGAAUAAAUUUUGUGACAGUAAGUGGAGGAGCUUUAUGUACAACGUGUGGAUUUUAAAUCAACUGUAUAAUUAACAAGCAACAAAAGACUGAAAAAACAUUAUGUAGUGUCUUCGAAUAUGAUAGAAUAUUAGGAAGAUGAACACUGCUGUUGUUCUAUUGAUUGGCUUAUUGAUGUGAGCACUCAAGUUUCUGGUUCGAAUCUUACUCCUUCUAGUCUAGCCUGGACAACUGAGUAGGACUAUCAGUCCUCAUACAGUAGGCGUGGUUGAUAUAUCGACACAUGAAAAAUCUUCGGGAAACCAGUGCAAAAUUAUUUGAUGCAACCGUGUUACUACAAGUGACUUAUUUUUAAAAGAAUAAUGCCUAGUUCGUGUAAUCUUUCUUUUCCAUAAACUUGUAUUUCAUUACCAUUUGAUUUAUUAUUCUUACAGUGGAUUAGUUUAAAGUAAAGGUGCUGAACUUGUCUUAUCCUUCAUUUUCCUGUGAUUAACUAGUCCAUCGUAUUUGCUGAUAAAAACUCUUUGGUAUCCGGUUCUCCUGUUGUUGGUAGUGAAGUGGUCGUUCAAAUUCCUAACAGUUCGCCCAUACAGAAUGGACUAGGCGUAGUGACGCGUGUUACAGAUACCAGCAUGUAUUCCGUUGUAUUCGAUGAUGGUGAUAGGCGAACUUUAAGACGUACACAACUUGUUCUCAAAGGUGAACGGCAUUUCAAAGAGAGCGAAAGCUUGGAUUCUUUACCUUUAACAAAUCCAGAACAGUUUAGACAACCGGUUAUAGAUCAACGAAGGAAACAUCGUUCGGGUGAAGAAAGUAGUACCAUGGAUGCCAAUGUCCCUGAAAUUAAAAAAGAAAAUGUCAGUGUGAAAAAUGAUAUCAAGGUGUCUAAUGAGAAUGUAUCCGAUCAUAAUAUAAAGCCGGAGGAACCGACAGAAGAUCAUGAUAAGAAUAUUUCAUUGAACUGUAAAAUUGAUGGAGAUGUACAUUGUCCAGCCAUAACAGAAAUUAGUGUUGAUGAAGAGAAAGCCGAAUUAUCCCAAUCUAAGGCUGAAAGUAAAUCGGAUGUAGUGGCGACGGAUAUAAAGCAAUUACCUACUGGUUAUUGUCGUUUACUUGGACGUUUAGUCAUGGUAGAUAUGCCACUAACCGCUAAAGAUUGUAUUGGCUCUCCGACACAUGGAUCGUCUACUCCAAUUGUCAAAAGUCCUAGCCUAUUAUCUAGACGCCGAUUCACCCCAGCUCUUGUCGUUUUACCUUCUGCUAUGCCUAGUAUUGAUCUAGGAAAUACUUCUAAGAGCAUCGGAAGUGAUGGUGUUAAUGAGGAUGAUGUUAAGACCCCAUCUUACAAACUCUUGGUUCGUUCAUUUAAGGACAAUAAAUUUUUUGCGGUGUCGGUUGCAUUUGUAAGGCGCCUUAAAAGAUCUGAUGCAGUUGAAAUCUCACACAGUCACCCAACUCUUCGUUCAGCUUUCGAGCGUGCACUUCUAUGGUUAGACCGAUGUGAAUUACCAAUUUCUUGGGGUGAGAAUUCUAUAGAGUUAAUGCUAGGCACAAAGGACUGGCGAUCUUUAAAACGCCGUUGUAAACUAACAGGUUCAGAUUUUUCAGAUUCAACGAUUCUAAGUCCUCCAAACUUAAAGCACUCACGUGUUUCGUCACCUGCGUCCUCUGAAGCUUCACACACUGCAAACAACUGCCGUGAAAAUUUUCAGAAAUCCAGCGGAACACGGUCAGUCAAUAAAUCUGACAAAGCAGCUCGUAAACGACCCAGACUAUCAGACAAAACUCAAAGUCCUCGAUCAAGUUGUCGAUUGAAAGUGAAACGAUUGAAAACUCAAAUUUUACGUUCAGAUACCACUGGUGAUAACCAGAGUGAUGAUGCAUCUUCUAAUGAAUUUUCUAAAAGGUCAACUGCGACGAAACAUGAAAACGCAAAGGAAAACAUGAAAUCUCAAAAAUCAGAUGAUGAUUCUUCUGAUUCAACUAGUUCUGAUGAAGGAACUUCUUCGAAUUCUGUCGAAUCAGAUACCUCUGAUACGAGAUCACUAAGUUCACUGGUCAGCUCCAGCACUAAUAAGUCAUCAUCCUCUGUAAGUAGCACUAUUAGUAGUUUAAGUAGCAGCAGCAGUAGUAUCACUAGUAGUUGUAGCACUGGGAGUACUAGCAGUAGCAGCAGUACUAAUAAUAGUACUAGUAGCAGUAUUAACAGUAGUAGUAGUACAACUGCAUCAUGUGCAUCUCCAGAUCGUUCAUCAACUUCAUCAGUAGCUGGAUUUGAAGCACGUGAUAGGUGGAUUGCUCAGUUAUAUCGAUUUAUGGAUGAACGUGGCACUCCAAUCAACAAAGCUCCUAGUUUAGCCAACAAAGAUCUAGAUUUAUAUAAACUGUACAAAUUGGUUCAAAAACUUGGUGGAUUUCAUCGUGUUACUUCUCAACUCAAAUGGGGUUAUGUUUAUUCUAAGAUGGAUUUACCUCAGAAUGUGAGUGGUGGUCCCCGAAAUCUUCAAGCUGCCUUUAAGAAAUAUUUGUAUCCAUGGGAUGACAUCACGAAGAAAUUGGGCACAAAUAUUUGUGAGCUUCCAUCUCCUAGACCGAGAUAUUCUUCUUCAGUACAAAACGCAAGUCCUAUUGUUCAAGUUAGUGGUUCAACUUCCGCACCUACGACGAAUAGUUCAGCGUCUGCCAGUACUUCUGCAUCUACUAAUAGCACUAAAUUGCAGUUAUUUUCUUCACGCGAGAAACAAUCCCAAGAUUCUGGUAAUUUAGAAAUGGGUGUGAAGAGUAGUAUUUUGGAUUCGGCUGAAAUAACACAAGCUUCAUCAACAGAGGAAAGCAAAACCACAGCAGUUACCAAUACUACUAGCACCACUACCACUUCCCUCAGUAAAAAGCGAGCUUCUGAUAAAAAUUGUGCUGUUGACCAACAAUUGGCUCCUUAUCUCAAGGCCAUGGAUGAUGAAUACACCUGUCAAGCUACACCGCUACGAAAGUCUACUUCAUCAGAUGAUAAGUUGUCUAAGACUGCAUCUGUAACUGAUGGUGCAGAUAGGCCUAUUUCUUCUGCUUCAUCAAAUAGUUCAUCAAAGUCUGCAUUUCGUAAAAGGUCAUAUGACAGUACAAUGACAGAUAUUCCACUGAUAAACUUCGGUAGAGAAUGCAUUGGUGCUAUGGGAGACUUAUCUAAUCGUAUUAUUCCUGUUCGUUCGCGUGUUCGAGUUCGUUGUGGUGAUCAUGUUGCGUAUGAAGCUAAAGUUUUAAAACAUAUACGUCCUCAACCAAGUAUUUGUAGUCGAAAGACCGAUAGUGCUGACGGGUCAUCAACAAUACCAACUUCUGCUGCUGCUGUUUGGGCAGGUGUUGGCGAUAUACAAUAUCGUGUGCACUAUAUGGGUUGGAAUACACGACACGAUGAAGUUGUUCCUAGAUCUCGUAUAAUUUCUGUGAUAGAGUGGGGUCGUGGUGUCGAUGAAGGUCGUCCACCAUCUUGUUCUUCUCUCAGUCCAAUUGUUCAUGAACCUCGAAAAGGCAAUACAAUAAAAAUCCGAAAUGAAUCACUUUCAAAAGAUAUUUGUACUAAGUUAUCAAGUUCAACAGAUAUAAAAGUUGCUGAAAAGGAAUCAGCAGAUAAAGAAGCACAAGAUGAGUCAACUUUAGAAGAUGAUAAUGAACAUGAAGAUGACGACAGUAAUCAAAGUCAAACUACUGAAACAGCAUCGGAUAAUAUUACCACAACAGCACCGAUUAUUCGACGUCGUCGAUUAAUGUUUUCAUCACAUAAACCUGGUAGGCAAAUUUCAUCUCGGAAACCAUCUUCCCUUUCAAAAAGAAAUGAAUCUUCUUCACAGAGAUUAUCGAAAUUACCUCUGUUGUCGCGUUUCCAUCUGCCCAAGACUCAUCGACAUGUUACUAAGACUAAUAUUUCUGAAGAAAGCAAACAGUUGAACACAGAUUCCAUUGUCAAAAAGGCGAAAACAACUUCACGUGGUAGCAAAACGGAUCGAAAAUCAGUUAAAAAGCUUGAUCCUGUUAAACGGUCACAGUCAAAUAUAUCAUUGGGUUCUGAUAUAUCUGGUACAAGCUCUCCUACGCCUUCUUCUAAAACACAAAUAAAACCGAAAAAAAUGAAAAUUGAAAAUCGUUCAGAUGAAUCUACUAGUCAGAAAUCCUAUAGUAUAAGUGAUAUCAUUCCAACAGUAGAAAUUAAACGUUUAAUAACUGAUACACUAUCGACUGACAUUGGAAGACAAUCUGUUGACAAUCAUCAAUCCACUAAUAAAUUGCCAACAAAAGCAACAACCAGUCAGCGUAAAGUUGUCAAUAAAAAAUCACCUCGUAAAGCGUUUACUAGUUCAGAAUCUUCAUCAAAGUUAUCACCAACUCUUAAAUCCAAACUAAUGUCAGUAUCAAAUGCAUUCAAAGCUAAAAAAUUUGUUUCAAAACUUUCAAAAUUAACAAAACGUAAAGCUGUUCACAAUGAAUCAAACAUUUCUCCAAGAAAACUAAUUAAACAAGAAGAAAGAAUUAGUGGUCGGAACUUAUUUGAAGAUUGUUUUAAUAAUCUUUCCUUGAAAACUGGACUCUCCAGAACAUUACCUUCUACAACAAGUAAAGAUAAUAAAAUGUCAAAAUUAAUUCAAUUAAAGGAGAAUGAUAAAUUGUCUGUUGUUACUGAUAAACUAAGCUUCAGCUGUGCGCCAUUGUCAUUACAGACAACAGCAAUGACAACGACAACACCAGUAGCAAUUCCUUCAUUUGCCUCGUCGUCUUCAUCGUCAUCAGGUUCCUUUGCAACAACUAAAAAUGAAAAUGAGGACAAGUACAGCCUAUUGAGAGAAAAGAGGUCUGAAGAAAGUUCUAUUAAACAAAUUUUAUUCAAAAAGAAAGAGACUAAAACUACUUCACAUCCUACAAAGAAACUGACUACUACUACUACAACUACUCCUCCUACUACUACUACUACUGCUACUACUACCACCCCCACCAUUGUGACCACUGCUGGCAUUUCUGCUGCUAUCAGUACUACUGCUCCUGCUACCAUUACUAGCAUUUCCACUCCUGCUGUUGUUACCGAUACGACGACUACUGCGACAACUGUCUAUCCGCGUAUCAGUGUUUUAGACAACUAUGAUGCAUAUAGAUAUAUUGGAUUAGAAAGAAAGAUUACUGAAUCAGAUUUCACUAGUUCAACAGGUGCAAAUCUAAAAUUAGUAAUUAGUAGGAUUAACGAAAAAUCUAAAAGUAAGACAAAAUCUAAAAAGUUAUCUAAGUCGACUGAUGAAAAAUAUCCAGUGAAUAAAUCAAAUAAUCAAUAUGUUCAUCCAUCACCGUAUAUUGAAGAUAUUUCUGAUGGUGAUUCUUCUUCUUCUUCUUCUGCUUCUGAUAAUGAUGAAAUUGAAAGUGCUAGCAAAUCUUCACGUUCACGAUUGCGUAAUUCAGCUCGAAAUUCAACUAAUUCAUCUACUACUAGUUCACAUAAAAAGCAUGAGCAUCCUAUUAAACAAUCUACUAUAACUAUAUCUGAUAUUAGUUCAGCUAGUUCAAAUAUAGAUAGUGAGCAUGAAGAUAAUAACAAUAAUAAUAAUAUGACUUCUGAAUAUUUACACAAUGAAAUUAUUGACAGUAGUUCAGAAAGUGUUUACGGUACUAACGAUGCACUUCCAAGGCUAACACGUAGUCAACAUAGACAAUUAUUAGGUGAUACACCACCGGGUUCAACUUUACAAACUGCAGCUCCUACACCAUCGAAUCGUAGUGCUUCAACAACUCAUGCUAGUAAAUCUGCUAAGCAUAAAUCAAGCCAACUCAAAGAACAAUCUGACGAGAUUGAAAAUAUCACUGAAGUGUCCACAGAAAUGGAAGACUUACCCAUAUUAUCUCAAAUGCAACAACCUCAUGUUGAUUUGUCUGAUAGUGAAGUGAUAGGCAAGCUGGACGGCAUGCCUACUCAGAAGACUGGGAAUGAUGAAAAUGAUGCUGAAUCUGUUAGUGAGAAUUGUGAAUGUAUUGAUUUGGAAAAAAUGGACAUAUCUAUGAAAGAAGGAUCCGUUGAAAGUCCUACGAAUCAUAGUAUUCCAAAUCUGUCUCCUAAAGUUCCAUAUGAUGACACAGAAGACAUUGAUGUUGGGAUAAAUGAAUAUCAAAACGAAAGCAUAGUCUCAGAACCCACAAUCAUACAUGAUAAACAAGUGGAAGUAUCAAGGGAAGAUAUUGAAAAGGCAUUAGGUGAUAAUGAUACUGAAGAUGAUCGAAGUUCUGUCGAAACUAUGAGCACAGAUCCCAUGGAUGGAAUGUUAUACGAUCUAACUAUGUCUUCGGUAAAGUCUCGUCAACAAUUGUCAAGCAACGAAGAUGAAGAAGUAGAAGAAGUGCCCCAUUCUGUACAUUCAUCUGAUCAACCUGUCGAUAUAACUGCAACAGUAGAUACCCUGCCUGAUAAAGAAACUCAACCAAUUAAUGAAGUUGUUGAAGUUAAGGAGACAAAUGAAACUGUUGAGAAUAAACCAACCAUAGAGCCUGUUAAUGAUGAACAAAGAGAUAAAAUUACUGAAAUAGAACAAACAAAUGUACCGAAAUCUCGCAGUAGAGUCAGACGAUCCAGCAGUAACAGCAAUUCAACUGAUACUACCGGUAGAAGAGGAAAAAGGCGAAAUCGUUCAAGCUCUCAUCGUGUUAUGAUUUCUGAGACCUCAUCAGCUCUAAAUACCAAUUCACCGCAUUAUCCUCCUAUAUCUCCACACCCAGGAAGUGGAACAAUUGUGUCACCUCCGGUACCUAGUGGUUCUAAAGCAGGUGUAAGUCAGGCAAAUAAUCGUCCAACAGUUUCCCUUAGACGAUUUGGUGGACCAUUCCUUCCGAUUCCAGGCUAUAAUGAUCUGCCUCCUGAAAUGAGAUGCUACGUUUUACAAGAACGUAUGCGUCAAAUAGUGGGAGCAUGGCGUCAAGCUAAACAAUGUCUAAAAGAUUUAGACCACCGAUGUAGUCGUUCACGUCGGUUAAAAGCUCGAAAGUAUUUGGAGAAUUUAACCAAUAUUGCUUUAUCCUCUGCAGGUCUAAAAAACUGUCGACAAGUGGUCAGUUGAACUCAAACUAGUAAAGAUUACGCCUGUACUUGAGAUUGUGUUUUGCUUACUUAUAUAUAUAUAUAUAUAUAUAUAUAUAUAUAUAUGUGUAAAAGUUAAUAAGAUUUAUUUCUUUACACUGUAAGCAUUUCUAUACUGUACAUCUGCUGUACUUUGUUUGUUUCUCUUCAAGUGAUCAUUUUAUUCUUUUCAUUAUAUGUAUGUUUUAGUUUGAUAGCCCAUAUUCAUUUGUUUGUAUCAUUGUAAGCCAAGAUUUCUUUUUGUACAUAAAUAUUUACAAUUAAACUAACGCGUAAUGCUUAAUAUUC